AAUGAAAUCACUAACCCAGAAAAGUUGCAGAUUUGCCCUCCCACUCGACCCUUCCACCGCUCACCGCCGGCUGCGCUGCUCCACUCCUCGACUGCCGAGCCCGUGUUCCGACCGCUAGGGUCCACCCACCAGCCUCUCCACAGCCAGCCAUCGGCGGCGCUCUCCAUCGGCCCCUCAACCCCACGCGAUUCAGCGAUUCCGAAGCGGAGAGGCGGCAAUGGAGUACAGAAGAGUGAAGGAUCAGCAGGAUAUAGAAGGCCUCAGUGGGAAGUCACUCUCUAGCGCCAACGCUGCAGCAACAGCUGGUGGUCUCAGCUCUGCAGGAGGUGCAAAAGGCAAGUCUAGUUGGAAGCUAAAGUCUGUUGUUACUCUUGCAUUGACGCUGCUAACAAGUUCUCAGGCAAUAUUAAUUGUGUGGUCAAAAAGAGCUGGAAAGUAUGAAUAUAGUGUCACAACAGCCAAUUUUUCGGUGGAGGCUCUAAAAUGCCUUCUAUCUCUAGCUGCCCUUUUUAGGACAUGGAACCGCCAUGGUGUUACAGAUGAUAAUAGGUUAACCACAUCUUUUGAUGAAGUUAGUGUUUAUCCGAUCCCUGCUGUUCUUUACAUGGUAAAGAACUUGUUGCAGUACUAUAUCUUCACUUAUGUGGACGCACCAGCUUACCAGAUCUUGAAGAACCUGAAUAUCAUCAGCACAGGUGUCCUGUACCGCAUCAUUUUGAAGAAAAAGUUAAGUGAAAUUCAGUGGGCAGCAUUUGUUCUUCUGUGUGCUGGCUGUACAACAGCUCAACUUAAUCCUUCGUCUGACCGUGUUCUUCAAACUCCUAUUCAAGGUUGGAUGAUGGCUAUUGUGAUGGCUCUUUUAAGUGGUUUUGCUGGGGUAUAUACAGAAGCUAUCAUAAAAAAACGGCCAUCAAGAAAUAUCAAUGUGCAGAACUUUUGGCUAUACAUUUUUGGAGUGAUCUUCAAUAUAGUUGCAAUUUGUGUUCAGGAUUAUGAUGAAGUCAUGAAUAAAGGCUUUUUCCAUGGGUAUUCAUUCAUCACAGUUCUAAUGAUUCUUAACCAUGCACUGAGCGGAAUUGCUGUCUCAAUGGUGAUGAAAUAUGCUGAUAACAUAGUCAAGGUUUAUUCAACUUCAGUUGCUAUGCUUCUGACAGCAGUUGUAUCAGUCUUUUUGUUUAGCUUCCAUUUAUCCCUCGCAUUCUUCCUUGGAUCUACGGUUGUGUCCGUCUCGGUGUACCUGCACUCUGUUGGAAAACUUCAACCACAGAAAUAAGCUUUAUUUGGUCACCUGAUGGCUCUUCAGUGGGCAAUUUUACACUGUCAGUGAGCAUGCACAUGGAAUCCCUCUUGAUGCCUUGCGACAAAGUUUCAGUGGAGGUGGGGUUUGAUUGCAUAGCUAACCAAUCAUAUAGUUUUCGCGCAGAAGCAAGCAUACCUUAUUGCUUGUUAUGCGUAGACAACUACAUCCUUGGGUAAAAGGUAGAUUUAAAAAGAGCAUCACACAAACACAACCUCGAUGAAGGACCCAUGUUUUUGUAGAGGGGUACUAGCUAUCACGGGUCAUAGUUUUCUUUCCUUCUAUCUAGUUUGCAUAGUGUUUUGAAAUAGUCAAAUAGAAGGUGGCAAACAUAUUGUAAUGAACAGAUUGCUGUUUCAUUUUAAUCUAUAUUAGCUGUCAUUAUUUUAA